AAAAAAACACAGAAAAUACACAAUUUUAAUUAUACAACCCGAAACGAAGAGCGACGCGAAGGAGGCGUGUGUGCAGAGAAGCGUAGGACUCGGCGGAGGUGACCCCCAGAACCAUGGCCAUGCUGACCCGGUUGACGAGCAGCGGCACCACCACGGUGGCCGGAGCACCCGGAUCGCCGAAGGGUCUGCAGCGGUUCCAGAACUACAUUUCCGCCUUUCUGUUUCCCGGGACGCAGCGCCAGCGGCGGAAGUCCACGCAGCUGGAUGCCAUCGACUGCUUCACCAAUGACCUUGUGACCAGGAAGACCCAGAAGUGGGAGGAGCUGCGCGACAGCCUGAUGAAGAGCGGCCAGGAGAAGGAUGCCAACAGCAAUGUGGCCAAGGAGGGCAGUAGCUCCACUAGCUUCAGCCAGAACGUGGGUCUCAUGUCCAAGGGCAUGAUGAGCGACCUGAAGGCGCUGCGCUCCCCCCAACUGGGCCUGGACAUCAGAUCCCUGUCGCAGGCGCAGCUGGACAACCUGCUGAUGGCCACGCUGGAGAUCAAGAACAAGCUGGACUUUCUUUACCUCAUCCGGCAGUGCAUUCGCUGCAAUCUCUUGCCCUCCAAUGAGGUGUUUGUCUCCUGCCUGAAGUAUCUGAGUGCCCAGCGGAAGCUGCAGCAGCUGGAGGCACUGGCGGACACCUGCCGCCAGCUGGAGCACCCCUUCUCCAGGACCUACGCCGAUCUGGCUCCCUUCCGGGCCAUCGCUUUGUGGAACAAUGGCAACGCGGACGUCGCGCUGAUGACCCUGCAUCGCGGCUACGGGGUGAGCAUGGCCUCGGAGGAGGGCAGGCGGAUGGCGAGGACCGCCUUUCGUACCAUUUCCGAGGAGACUCUGGCCCAGAAGAGCGAGGCUGUCCUGGUUUCGCUGCUCGAGGUGGCGCGUGCCAUCCACAGCGAGCACAAGGACAUCUUCGUGGUGGCCUGCGUGUGGAAGCAAUGCUUCGCCAGCGAUUGGUUUUGCGAUCAGAAGUCGGCGGGGGAAUUAUUUGAGCACUACAAGGAGCUGCAGGAGCUGGUGGAGCGGCGAGCCAGUCCCUUGUGCUCCUCAUUCCUCGGCCGCAACAAUGUGGAUGCCGUGCAUCGACUUAUAGAGGUGUUUUUGCAGCACCAGCAGCGUUCCGCCUGCUCUGGAUGCCUCAGCCUGCUCUUCAACUAUCAAUACAUGCGCAAGGAUCUGCGUGCCUGCGCCGAGAUCGUGAAAUCCUGCAGUGAGCUUGAGAUGCCGCUGAACGAGCUGCAGAACGAACAGUUCCUCAGUCUGUUCCUCGACCAGAGCGACCCGUUGGACUCCUCGGGAAUGGCCAGCAAGUACAAGGCACCCAAGUCCUUCCAGUACAAGUUCUAAAUCGCUUAAGCCGUUGUCAUCGUAGUUUUAGCACAAGAAAAAGUGUGUUUGCACCAUCCCCUAAGUAUACUAUUGCCUCUUUAAUAAAUGUUAUUUAAUGUCCAA